UUGAAUUGAGUGAGUUUGGGAAUUUAUUAAGUGGACAAUUCUGGAGGAAAUUUGGACUGUUUAAGAUGGGGGAUUGUUGCUUGUCAGGUGAUGACAGAGAAAGCUUCAGGAUUCACCAAGAAAUUGAGAGACAGCUCAAGAUGGACAAGCAUGAUGCAACCCGACAGAUGAAACUAUUACUUUUAGGCACAGGGGAGAGUGGGAAGAGCACCUUUAUCAAGCAGAUGAGAAUCAUACAUGGCAGAGGCUACACAGAGGAGGACAGGAGAGCUUAUGCCAAACUGAUAUACCAGAACAUCUUUGUUGCCAUUCAAGCCAUGCUCCAAGCCAUGGAGAACCUCAACAUCCCCUUUGUUGAUCCAAAAAAUGCAACUUAUGCUGCAAAGCUUAAAAAAGUGACAUCAGAGACAGUACAAUCACUGGACUCUGAACAUGCUGAAGCCAUAUGUUGUAUUUGGAAAGAUCUGGGACUGAAGAAAUGCUAUGAACGCCGGAGAGAGUUCCAGAUAUCAGACUCGGCCAAAUAUUACUUUGAUGACAUUGACAGAAUCUCUGCAGCGUUUUACUUGCCGAGUCUGCAGGAUAUUCUCCGAGUCAGAAUUCCAACCACAGGCAUAAUUGAGUAUAUCUUUGACCUUAAGAAAGUCAUAUUCAGAAUGGUUGAUGUCGGAGGCCAAAAGUCCGAGAGACGAAAGUGGAUCCAUUGUUUUGAAAAUGUUACUUCCAUCAUCUACCUGGUGGCUCUGAGCGAAUACGAUCAGGUCUUAUAUGAGUGUAAGAAUGAGAACCGCAUGAAAGAGAGUAAAGCUUUAUUUAAGACCAUCAUCUCAUACCCCUGGUUCCAGGAUUCCUCUAUCAUCCUCUUCCUCAAUAAGACAGAUCUUCUGAAGGAGAAGAUCUCAAAGUCAGACCUUGCAGAUUAUUUUCCAGAAUAUACAGGCCCUAAAAAUGAUGCAGAUGCUGCAAUGAAGUUUAUCCUGAGUAUGUACGAGCAACAGAACUCUGAUACACAGAAACAGAUCUAUGCACAUUUCACCUGUGCCACCGACACAGAGAAUAUUCGCUUUGUUUUCAAAGCCGUGCAGCACACCAUUCUGCAGAACAACCUUUUAAUGUUUAAUUUGGGCUAGGUUGAUUAAUCUUGUCGUCUGUGUUAUGUCAUUGGUUGUCUUGUUAUCUUGUUAAAUCUGUUUUUGCAUUUACAGUCCUAAUGUUUUCCUCGUCCUUAGUCAUUUUUUCUGUAAUGUACAGCAAUAGUGGCAGAUGAGACUUUUAGAUGUAAUAAGAAGCCAAUUGCAGUUUUAUUUAAAUCCAAAAAAUGUGAAAGAAGCUAAGCAAACUAUACAAGAACCAUGCCUAGAAAACCAUUAAAACUAGACUUGACUAAACUGUGACUAUGAUAAAACCAAUGAACAAGAAGCAUGAAAACAAUGUUACCAGAUCAAUACACAACAAUGAAAAGAGAACAUAUAGAAACAAGAUAACAUGACAACCAAUGAAAGAACCCAACUGAAUACAAAAUGAAUCAACCAAUUAACCAAUCAAAAGACAAGACCAAUUAACCAAUCAAAAGAAGACAAGGAAGGGAAACAUGAAGCAAGCAAGAACACAGGAACUUAACUUUAAAAUAAAAGACAUGACAAGAUCAUAACAUGAAACAAGAACAUACAUAUAUGCAACACAAUGAUAGGAAAUGUUGUUUUGUUGCACCACAAUAAUGCAUAAAGGAGUAAGCAUAAGUAAAGAUUUAACCUGAUUUUCAUCAACAUUAUACAAACUUAACUGUACAGUCAGCGUUCACAAUUGCAACUAGGGUUGCCACUUUUGAAGUUAUAAAAUACGGGACAUACACUUCUCUGCGUCCUCACAUCACCUCAGGCUCAGACUGAGAAUUUAGGUAAGCUGACUGAGUCAAGGGAUGCACCGAACGAUAAUCUGAACAGAAUCAUACGUGAAAUGAUUCUGGUGUCUUGCCGAAGAGUUUGUGUUUACAGUUGAUGAGACACGUAUUGAGAUAAAACAUAACAUCAUAACCUCCCACAUAUACACUCAACAGGUUCUUCAUUAGCACAGGGAUCCACAGGCACAUGACAGAUUUACAAAUGCAGACAUACAUCAACAAAUGCUCACACGCUCAACUGACAAAUCCACAAACCAGAAGAAUGUACAAACAUACUUCUCUCACGAGUCACAAUACAGUACGCAAAUAAACUGCAAUAUGUGUAAUUUAGUGCACAAAUAAAUGAUGUUUGUACACACGCAAGUGCUUCAUCAUAUGCUGGGGGCAUGAUUUAGCAUGGCUGAUACCAGUUACCCAGGAUUCAUUUAUUAUGUGGGAAAAGGAGAAAUAUCCAGAAUGUGUUUAGAAGUUUUCAUUUUUGGUGCAUCACUGCUGAGACUAUUUUAGAAGUUCUUACUCAUUUUCCUAUUACAUCUUACAAAGCAUUAUAUCCAUAUUUAUGUUGGCCUAAAUGUGUAUUGAAAAUGGAAAUUCAGAUGUAUGUCAAUAUAGAGAUAUGUAAUUAAGCUUUUAGCUGUCAUUAUUGCAGAUUGUCAAGCCACUAAGCCACUUUAUUUUGGACAGAAUUGCACAGGUAAAUCUCUCCAAGCACAAAUUCUGUUGAAUGAGAAGUGUUUUAUGCACAUAUAAUUCAUGAAUGUUGCUCAGUGACAUUUCACCCCCUCCACCUCAUUAGGGUCCCCCCAGUGAAUCUCAGCCAUUUCCACAACUGACUAUAAGGCUGCAUCAAUUUACAACAAA